GUCAAGGAACCAUAUUGAAAGCAGUGUUGGUCGAAAAUCAACAGUGUGUGGAAAAUCUUGUUAAAUUGCUCUUAAACGUGGUUAUUUUAAUUUCCUGACGUCGUAGAGUAACUGUAAUCAAUCUCCAAGAUGCCGCGGAUUAUGAUAAAAGGGGGUGUUUGGCGAAAUACUGAGGAUGAAAUCCUUAAAGCAGCUGUCAUGAAAUAUGGCAAAAACCAGUGGUCCCGUAUCGCUUCCCUGUUACACAGAAAAUCUGCCAAGCAGUGCAAAGCUAGAUGGUAUGAGUGGCUUGACCCAAGCAUUAAGAAGACAGAGUGGUCACGUGAGGAGGAGGAGAAGCUGCUUCAUUUGGCUAAGCUGAUGCCAACUCAGUGGAGGACAAUUGCUCCCAUCAUUGGAAGAACAGCAGCUCAGUGUCUGGAGCACUAUGAGUUCCUGCUAGACAAAGCUGCACAGAGAGACAAUGAGGAGGAUACUGCAGACGACCCUCGUAAACUCAAACCAGGCGAGAUUGAUCCCAACCCAGAGACGAAGCCAGCCAGGCCCGAUCCUGUUGAUAUGGAUGAAGAUGAACUUGAGAUGCUUUCUGAGGCAAGAGCUCGUCUGGCUAACACUCAAGGUAAAAAGGCUAAAAGAAAAGCAAGAGAGAAGCAACUGGAGGAAGCCAGACGACUUGCAGCGCUUCAGAAGAGAAGGGAGUUGAGGGCAGCUGGCAUUGAGAUACAAAAGAAAAGGAAGAAGAAAAGGGGUGUGGAUUACAAUGCUGAAAUCCCCUUUGAAAAGAAGCCAGCUCAAGGUUUUUAUGACACUUCAAUGGAAAAUUACCAAGCCUUGGAGCCAGACUUUAAAAGGCUGCGCCAACAGCACCUUGAUGGAGACUUGAGAUUUGAAAAAGAGGAGAGAGACCGCAAGAAAGAUAAACAGAAGAUAAAGAAGAAGAAGGAAUCGGAUCUCCCUUCUGCUAUUUUGCAGACUAGUGGAGUGUCAGAGUUUACAAAGAAGAGGAGCAAAUUAGUUCUCCCCGCUCCACAGAUCUCCGACUCUGAACUGGAGGAAGUUGUAAAACUUGGACAGGCCAGUGAGCUGGCUCGUCAGACGGCUGAAGAGUCUGGAAUUACCAAUUCUGCUUCCAGUGCGUUGCUCUCUGAAUAUAAUGUGACCAACAAUGCAAUGGCACUGCGCACUCCGAAAACACCAGCUGCUCAGGACAGGAUUCUCCAGGAAGCUCAGAACCUGAUGGCCCUGACGAAUGUGGAUACACCUCUGAAAGGUGGUUUGAACACCCCCCUUCAUGAGAGUGACUUUUCAGGAGUGACACCCCAGAGACAAGUUGUCCAGACACCUAAUACAGUGCUUGCCACGCCAUUCAGAACGCCUACUAAUGGAACAGAUGGGUUGACCCCACGUGGUGCGCUCACACCUAAACCAACUGUUGGCAUAACUCCUGGAAGAACCCCUUUACGUGACAAGCUCAACAUUAAUGCUGAAGAGGGAAUGGUUGAUUAUAAUGGUCCAUCCUAUUCUAAGCACAUGGAAAGAGAGUCACGUGAACAACUGAGAAUGGGCUUGAUGGGUUUACCAGCACCAAAAAACGACUUUGAGAUUGUUCUGCCGGAGAAUGCUGAAAAAGAACUGGAAGAACAUGAAACAGACGAGAGCUUUGUGGAAGACGCAGCAGAAAUUGACAUGAGGAAACAGGCAGUCAGAGAUGCAGAACGUGAAAAGGAAUUAAAGCAAAGACAUGCGGCUGUACAGAGGAAUUUUCCAAGACCAUCAGAAGUAAAUGAGACCAUCCUAAGACCUUUGAAUGUGGAACCACCUUUAACAGAUAUUCAAAAGGCAGAAGAAAUGAUAAAGAAAGAAAUGAUCACCAUGAUUCACUUUGACUGCUUGCAUCACCCCUGCACAGAUGCCUUGGGUAAAAAAGCAAAAGGACUGGGGUCUGGAUCGAACAAUGCAGAUCAUGUAUUAUACCUGGAACAUAACCUGUAUGAAAAAAUGCAGGAAGAUGAUCUGAAAAAGGCUGAUGAGCUUUUGGCACAGGAGAUGGAGGUGGUGAAGCAUGGCAUGGGGCAUGGAGAUCUCUCAAUUGAUGCUUACAACCAGGUGUGGGAGGAGUGCUACAGCCAGGUGUUGUACCUUCCUGGUCAAGGGCGAUACACACGAGCCAACCUGUCCAGCAAAAAGGACAGAAUCGAAUCUCUGGAGAAGAAACUGGAGAUCAACAGGGGACACAUGACGAUGGAGGCAAAGAGGGCGGCGAAGAUGGAGAAGAAAAUGAAGAUCUUGCUGGGUGGUUAUCAGUCGAGAGCAAUGGGGCUUAUAAAACAGAUGAACGACCUGUGGGAUCAGAUCGAACAGGCUAACUUGGAACUGCACACAUUCGAGGAGCUGAAGAAACACGAAGACAUUGCCAUCCCGAGGAGACAAGAGGCACUAAGAGAGGAUGUCCAGAGGCAGCAGGAGAGAGAGAAGGAACUGCAGCAAAGAUAUGCUAAUCUUCUUCUGGAAAAAGAGACUUUAACAUCUUCCAAGUUUUAAAGCAAACACCUAUUGUGAGGUCUAAUGGUGCAUGCAUCCAAAGCCCAAGAGUUUAUUACUGUUUUUUUUUUUUUCUACAGGCUGCAAAACUUAACUUUUCAGUUGUCAUUUUCUACAGUUGUGUGUUUGGAAAUCGAUGUAGUUUUAUUUCACAGGCUUGUUGCAACAUUCCUCAAUUUUGCCAUAGACAAGUAUGUAUCAUAUUGUUGGGCAUUGCAAGACUUAUGUUUAUGGAACAAGAGACAUACAUAGAAUGAAUACAUGUGAUCUCAUUUAAAUGUUAAAAUCCUAUGCCAUUUAUAAUAAAAUGUGGUAAUUAUAUUAUUAAUGUGCAAAUUACAGUACUGUUUAAGGUUGCAUUCAUUUUGAAACCGACAGUGCCACUUCAUUCCAUGUGUUUGCGAAUGAAAGCUGGAUUGGAAGAAGCAUGUUAAGUCACCAGUUCACCACACAGUAUUCAUCCAAGGGUAAGCAGGUGAUCAUAAAACAUGCACUAAGCACUGCUUUAAAAUAACCUUGAUACUGUUAUUUUAAAUAAAUGGGCUAAUUGUCCAAUCUUGAAAUAUUAUUCUUCAAACUUUUUUAGAAGAGUUUGUAUUUGAAUUUGGCUUAUUUUAGGUUUUUUAGACUUCUGUAGAUUUGACUGGUCUAUU